CAUCUAAAUGCGCGUCACGUCAGAGUAAUCGCGAUCGCUUAAACAGUGACGGCCGCGCUGCGAACGUUGCAUUUUCACAUCUAACAUUACAUUUUUCAUACACUAAUGGUUAAGGUUAGGUAUAGGUUUGGGCUGUAGACUUUGCCUGUGCAGCAGUACUAAAGUCGCUUUUAAUACCACCAUUGACUAUAUUAAAAGCUUAUUACGACAGCUUUCCGUAAGCAGAAUGAGUAAAACGAUUCCUGUCAAAUCCAUAAAACACGUGUCAACACGGAAGAACUGGUCGUGGUUCCUUAAGAAAUAAGGUGAGAGUCAUUUCCAUGUUACACAGAGACUGUGCUGGCAGAAUGACUGAAGAAAGGUGCGUCGGCGAAAAUAAGAGAUAUUCCUCUAACGACUGCUCUCAUGAAACUUGUAUUUUUUGCUCGAUCGCAAACGGCCACCAUCCAUACACUCAGAUAUUGGCUGAUGAUACGGACAUUGUUUGUUUCCAGGACAUUUUUCCAAGCGCACCUCAUCACUACCUGGUUAUACCAAGGAAACAUAUCCAUAGUUGUUUGUCACUCAAAGUGGAUGAUAUCAGUCUUGUGAGGAGGAUGGAAGAGAUAGGAAAAGCUGUAUUGAAAGCCAAGAAAGUCACAGAUUUAGAAGACAUCAGCCUAGGGUUCCAUGUUCCACCAAAUAUCACCGUCCCUCACCUGCAUUUGCACGUUCUUGCACCUUUCAGUCAACUGCAUAUAGAGACAAGGUUCAAGUACAGAGAUAAAUGGUACAUCACUGUGGAAAAGCUGCUUAACAUUCUAACAAAGAAAAAAAGAUUUGAUUAUCAGAAAUGGACAUGUAAUAAAUGGAUGCCUUUUUGAUCCUUAUGACGGAAAUGCUCGUAAUCACAAGCCACUUUAUUGCAGGGCAAUGGUCUAUGUAUUAUUUUUUUUUACGUGGUUUGGUUUCAGUCUUAAAGGCCAGCCAUGUUUUUUAUUUGUUAUUUAAUGCAAAAGACUGGGAUGUUAAUCUUAGAAAUGACGAUGACUAUUUAAAAUUGAAUUGUAUAAUAUGAAGAAACCGAACAAUAUAAUCUGAAUAAUAAUGUUUUUUAAACUGAUGGAAAUGUUGAUUUAUGUGCAAUUAUGUUAACAUAUUCUACACUAACUUGUUGAUUCAUUGUCACACCAUUGUAUGCCGUGUUCAUGUUUGAAUGGUUUUAAAUUUAAAUCAGCUAGCAUCCUUUUA